AUGGCACACCGGCUCCGUUUGGACUUUGCGUCAAGGAGAAGCCACACCGACCCUCUGUCAGAGUGCCUCAGCAGCCAUGGUGAGGAGAGUGGAGUUAUUUUGUCAGCUGAUAGCCUCGCAGAGAGUCUGGCGCACAGUUCUCUACACUUCAAGGUGACUCCGCCGUCACCUGACUAUGGAAAUUUACAACGGUAUUCUUCGGUAUUGAUUCCGAGGGUUAACGCAAAAGGAUGUAGUCAAAGAAGCGUCGUGCAGAUAUCACUACAGCCCUGCGGCACGCUCAGCGGGGACCUGGAUUGCACCGUAGGGGAAGGAGAUCCCGCGAGUAGUGAAACGGGAGCAAUUGCCAGCUCUGAUGGGGGUUCGUGUAGCAGCAGUAUGGCCAGCGAUGCCGGAUACUGGAGUAGCAACAGUAUCUUUGAGCCAGAGACUCCAGAAAAACACAGGACCACUCAAGAGAAGAGUGUUCUCUGCUGCAAGUCCAAAGUUCCCUUGAGACGUUGUUCCUCCUUGGUUAUUUUCCCCAAAAGCCCCUGCAGCACGCCACCCCCAUCUCCGGUAAACCCAAUCGCUCUUCCUGCUUUCUUUGGAACGAGAGCUCCUCUCCAGACACUUGCCGCUGAUUCCUCACGGGAUGAAGAGGAAAUGACUUGUAAAGAGUCGGCCACAUCUACAAGUAGCCAACAUUGUCUCAAGGAAGACCCUGCACCUGAAUGUCGGGACACCAAACAUAUGGUCCACUUUAAUAUUCCUCUCCAAGACAAACCUAAAUGCAAAGUGGAGGGCGGGAACGAUGUGAUGGAGCAGUCACCGUCGAACGAUAAAUCUCAUCAUUGCUCAAGAAGCGUUCUGCUACACUUUGCUCAUCAAAGACCAUCAUUGUGUGGAGUCAAAGCCGAAUGUCCCGAUGCUCCCUCCUUCCUUGCGGAGCCUGAGACUCCACGCGACCCCAAGAAAAAACUGUACCGUAGUACCUCAGCUUGUUUGUUCUCCUCGGUGAAACCGUCAGAGGAAAAACUCUUCGCAAAAGGACACGAAAGGUUGGAGAAACUCAAUUGUCAUCGCGCCAUACAACGGAGCUUUUCCCUGGAGGUGCCCUAUGCAAACACAGGCAUUUCAUGUCACGUUUCAAACACCAAACUCGGUAGUACGUGCUCGCCACACGUACAUAUUCAUCUGUCUCCGUGCUGUCCGACGACGUUGCCGAGCUUACCUAACGAUGCAGACGCAAGCUGCAAAGGAAGCACUACCGGAAAGAACUUAGGUCAAAGUGCUGAGACACGUGAUGACUUUCUGGGACAGGUGGAUAUUCCUCUCAGUCAGAUACCAACAAAUAAUUCAUCUCAUGAAAGGCCAUAUACAUUCAAGGAUUUUCUGCUUCAUCCCAGAAGUCACAAGUCCAGAGUUAAGGGCCAUCUGCGACUCAAAAUGACAUACAUGCCGAGAAACUCUGAUUCGGCCGAAGAACCAACCGAUCAGAAUGACAACACAGAUCCUCCAUGGGAGUUUUUGGAAUCUCAGGACAUGUCAGGCCCCAUGCAGAGUGAGCAGACACCUGUUCUGCCGCCUGGCUGGGAGGAGCGUCAGGAUAACCUGGGAAGAACCUUCUAUGUCCACCACGAGAGCAGGACCACACAGUGGAGGCCACCAGCCUUACAUGACAAUAAUGCAGACACAAGGCGACAAAACACUGCAAGACAGAGGGCGCAGAAUUAUAUUACACGCAGACAGAUCUCAGACCCUGAUGAGACCACUGCACAAGAUGAGGAAUGGGAGGUUUUUCGAGAAGAUGAUAUCAAUUUGAGCCAGUCCAACCAGGUCACAUUGCCUCCACCUCCGAAUCCCCCGGAGGUACAGAUGUUGGUCGAGGAGCUGAGAAACGUUUAUAGUCAAGGGGGCACAACUCGUGAGCACCAGGUGGAUCAUGCAUGUAAUUCGAGCCAUUCCGUUCGCACAAGAACUUUUCACUUGUCAACAUCAGAGGAGCAUCCUGUUAAUUCAGUGCCGGUUCAGACCUCUGCGGCGCUGCCUUCAGGAUGGGAGGAGAAGAGGGACAGUAAAGGAAGACGCUAUUAUAUCAACCACAAUACCCGAACCACCUCAUGGAUACGACCCACCUUGCAUAGAACCAACUCAACCCCUGCGGCUUCACGAAAUAGUGCUGGUAUACCAUCCUUCCAGUCUGCGACCCUUCAACCAUCUCCCCAGUACACUCCCAGCCCGGAAGCUGCAUCUGAAUCAGGCUCCAUGCCGGCUGGUUGGGAAGCCCGCAGUGCUCCCAAUGGAAGACCCUUUUUCAUUGACCACAACACAAAGACGACUACCUGGAAAGAUCCCAGGCUUACGACUCCUGUUCAUGUGAGAAGGAGAGCAUCACUUGAUCCUUCUGAUCUUGGCCCAUUGCCACCUGGUUGGGAGGAGAGAGUCCACACGGACGGGAGGAUAUUCUACAUUGAUCACAACACGAAGAUCACACAGUGGGAUGAUCCUAGAUUACAAACCUCAGCAAUAACUGGACCGGCAGUGCCUUAUUCCAGAGAUUAUAAACAAAAAUAUGACUACUUCCGCAAGAAGCUGGAGAAACCAGUCAACAUACCAAAUAAAUUUAGCAUAAAGGUAAGACGAAACGCAGUGCUGGAGGACUCGUACCGGCAAAUCCUCGUCGUGAAGCGGGCGGACUUGUUGAAAGCAAAGCUGUGGGUGGAGUUUGAGGGAGAAAAGGGUUUGGACUACGGAGGCUUGGCCCGGGAGUGGUUCUUCCUCAUGUCGAAGGAGAUGUUCAACCCCUACUACGGACUCUUUGAAUAUUCUGCAACGGACAACUAUACACUGCAGAUUAAUCCCAACUCGGGUCUGUGUAAUGAGGACCACCUGACUUAUUUCAAGUGCAUUGGCCGUGUAGCAGGCAUGGCAGUCUGGCAUGGAAAACUGCUUGAUGCUUUCUUCAUUCGGCCUUUCUACAAGAUGAUGCUGCAGAAAUCCAUCACUCUGCAGGACAUGGAGUCUGUCGAUGGUGAAUAUUUUAAUUCGCUCAAAUGGAUUUUGGAGAAUGAUCCAACUGACCUGGACUUGAUGUUCACCAUUGAUGAGGAACUCUUUGGACAGACUCACCAGCACGAGCUGAAGCCCAAUGGCGCGGAGAUUGUCGUCACUAAUGAAAACAAGAAGGAAUACAUCCAUCUUGUGAUGCAGUGGCGCUUUGUAAACCGAAUACAGAAGCAGAUGACCGCCUUCAAGGAUGGAUUCUUUGAGUUGAUCCCUCAAGAUGUGAUCAAGAUCUUUGACGAGAACGAGCUUGAGUUGCUAAUGUGUGGUCUGGGGGAUGUGGACGUGAACGACUGGAGACAGAACACCAAGUACAAGAGUGGCUACAACGCCGACCACGUAGUUAUCCACUGGUUCUGGAAAGCAGUACUGCUGAUGGAUGCCGAAAAAAGAAUUCGUCUCUUGCAGUUUGUGACGGGAACCUCCCGAGUCCCAAUGAACGGUUUUGCAGAACUCUAUGGCUCUAAUGGGCCACAGCGGUUCACCAUUGAGCUGUGGGGAACCCGUGACAAACUGCCCCGAGCACACACAUGCUUUAACCGCCUGGAUCUUCCACCUUACGAGUCCUUCGAAGAACUGAGGGAGAAACUUAACAUCGCCAUUGAGAAUGCACAAGGCUUUGAAAUCGAUUAGACACAUUCAAUGACGCUAAGUGAGAACCCAUGCGGCGCCAAAUGUUGUGAAGUUCCAAACCACAGCCGGCGGCCGAAGACGCUUGAAGGACCGACAACUCAACAAAUGUUUGGAGUGACAGGUGUUAUAUCUCUACUAGUCUUCUGAAGUUUACACAUCAGAGUCUUUUUGUCUCAAGUGAAAUGACAAACACUAACCAUGAGACCACAGCCAUAUUUUUAGAGCUUUUCAGGGCGUCUCUGGAUUCACUUUGAUAUAACCUGACAUCAUUUCAUGCCUUUGUUUUCACAUCACUUUUUUUAUUUCAUUUUUUUUAUAAAUAUAUAGUUGUCCUACUUUAUUCUCGUAAAGUAAGGUCAUGUACAGAGUAAAGGGUUGUGUAAAUAAUACAAGCAUCUUGGGUCCAGGUGUGGAAUCAUUGCCCACUUCUAAUGGUAAUUUAAAAAAAAAAAAAAAUUUUAACGUAGAAGUAGUUUUUAACGUCAUCCUUUCUUUUGCUCUUACCUCUAAUAAAUACCCCAUAAAUAAUAAUUUAAUUAAAUGAUGGUAAUAAAAAAGAUGUGAUUUUUAACCUCAACCUUUCUUUUGCUCUUAACUCUAAUGAAUUCCCCAUAAAUAAUAAAUAAAAUAAUGAAAUAAUUAAUUAAAUGAUGGUAAUUAAAAAAAGAUGUCGUUUUUAACCUCAACCUUUCUUUUUUAAAACUCCAUCCUCUUGAUCCUUUGCUCUUACCUCUUAUGAAUGAAUUGCCCAGUCAUCCACAGUGAUGCCUUGAGAUACCAUUUUAAUUCAUUCAGUGACCAUGCUUGUAAGUGUUCACAUCCCAAAUCAUCUUUACACCUCAAAAUAAAUGCCAUUAAUUUAAAAAAAAAACACACCACCAGACCCUUCCCCAAAAUAUUGGAAUGUAUUUUUUUAAUGAAAAAAAUACAAUACAAAUAGCACUCUGUAAUAUUGCACUUCAUAAAAAUGGGUACAUAAAAACAUAAUUAAAUAUAAUGUAUAAGAUUUAGUACAAGACUUGAAUAUAAGAAUGAAACCGUUUUUGUCACACUUGGCUCCAAUUCAAUGGAUUUUUGUGCUGCUCCUUCUGGUGUUCAUGCUUUGGCCACCUAGAGGCAGUACAGACCAAAUAGAUUUUUAUAUUACCUAUUCACAUGAAUUGUUUCACAUGUUUAAAAUGUCAAAUAUUAAUUCCUUGAAUGGUUCUGACACGUCACAUCCAUUGAUGGUAUUGAUUAGCCCAUCAGUGGCGUUUCACAUUAUAUGUUAGCAUUAAGCUAGCAAACUUAAAGGCAGUUGUGUGGCUGCUGUCAAUACACAAUUGUUUUAUGUUUAGCUUCAAUUUAAAAUGGCCAUUUUUUAAAUUUCAUUUUAAAUCAGCUGAAUGACAGUUGGUAUUUCAACAAACCCAUCAGUCUUGUAACUCAUAUCCCAAGUCAUCACUGUAUUCUUAAAUCAAAAUCUACUCUGACAUUGAAGUCUUUUUGCCUUUAAAAAAGAAAUAACCUACAAUUUAAAAAGAUGUAUCUAUUAACUAACACAAUUUUAAAUUGUUUCUAUUAAGUUGUAUACAUGCUUUUACAUGAUUCAUUCCAGUAUAUUAGACACACCGAGGUGGAGAGUGUAUGCGCCUUAAAUACAGAAAAUGUGCGGGUUAUGUGCAAGUAAGCCAAGUAUAUGUAUAGUAUAAGGGGCUUAAAACGUACCAAUGCCAGGACCAGUUUAAUGCUUGACUAAUUCUCUUGUCUGCGUACAGAUGCAAAGAGCUUUGAGUAUGUUACCAUACUAUGCAUCGUAUACAAACUCCUACAAAAUGAUGAAGCUUUUACUAUGGCACUCAAGGUGAAUAAAAACAGUUGUUGGUGGUCAGCUAUGUACCUUUAAAAUGACGCUUUACGCAAAUUUUCGUAUCUUAUACGAUUACGUCUACUGUACGUGUGUACAAGAAACAAAGAACGUUACGACACGUGACUGAAUCAUUUAUCAGGAGUCUAAUUGCGGCGGUCAACUCAAAACGAUGUUUAUAUGCUUUGACAAACUGUGUUCUAUACUUACGCUGUUUAUUCAAGAUGGUCUUGUCAUACCGUGGUAUAAGUAGUACGUUUUUUUAAACAAUGUUUUAUUGUUCUCGUCACGGACAACAAAGCUAUACGACGCUUUUAUAAAGUUCCGCACUUUGUUCGUAUCAACGAGUCUUACUUCUGAACUGCCACCUGCACACUUCUUAAAAUGAUCCUCUGCUUCAAGUGCACCCGUUGAAAUGUUUACAUGUGAACAUUGCUGAAAUGAAGCACAUUCUCUUCUUUCUCUCUCGUAUUGAAAAUGACAUAUCGCCUAUUUUUGUCAUCGAUAUACAUAAUGUUCUAAUCCUGAAAAGUACUGUUAAAUGUGCCUUUUUUUGUUGAGAUAAUACCACGUAGAUUAACGUUUUCUUUCAAACGUCACCUGUAAGUGCAUUAUAGCAAACAUUCAUGCUACAUAAUGUAUAUGAAAACACUUUAAAGCAUGGAAUGAAAUGUAGCUUUGAAAAUUGCUGAUAGCACAGCAAACAAAGAGAUAUAUUUGACUAAUAAAGAAACGUGAAAACAA